GAAUCCGUGCUAGCUGAACUCCAUAGCAAUAAACGAAAUGGCAAAAUAUUAGAAAAGGUCUCCAAGGCCAUGAAGGACAGAGGCCGUAACAGGGACGCACAGCAGUGCCGCGUGAAAAUUAAGGAGCUAAGGCAAGCCUACCACAAAGCCAGAGAGGCAAACGGAAGUUCCGGGGCAGAGCCGCAAACAUGCCGCUUCUACGUGGAGCUGCAUGCCAUGCUAGGGGGUGCAGCCCCCACUACCCCAACCGUGUGCUAUGACUCCGUCACUGGAGAAACACAUAGGGAAGCGGGUUCGGGGUACGAGGAAGAUGAGGAUGAAGAUAAUGUAGAUCGCUCACAGCAGCAAGGAAGCGGAGAAAUCGGUUUCCCCAACAGCCAGGAUAUGUUUAUCACCCUGGACCUGGAGCCAGUAACCCCCAAACUCACCCAAGGUGUGCUCCCAGACCCUGAGGGCACACAGGGGACCUCUGCUGCAAAUGUUUCUCCUUCACAGAGGCUAGUGAAGAUUAGAAGGAGAAAACGGCGGAUUCGGGAUGAUCUGUUCACGGAGCUCCAGAUGUCCUCCCAUGCUGAAAGAGCACAGCAGAAUGCGUGGAGGCAGUCAAUGUCAGACUACAGAAAAGCACAGUAUGAACGAGAGGAGAGGUGGCAGGCUGAAUCGCAGGAUGAACAGAGCAAGUGGUGGGCUGAAGAUGAUAGGUGGCGUCAGCUUGCAGACCGAAGGCAAGAGUUGAUGCUCCGGCUGCUGGAGCAUCAAACUGAUAUGCUCCAGCGUAUGGUUGAGCUGCAGGAAAGGCAGCAGGAGCAGAGACCGCCGCUACAGCCCCUGUGUAGCCAACAGCCCUCCUCCCCAAGUUCCAUAGCCUCCUCACCUAGAAGCCCAAGAACACGGUGGGGGGGCCUUCGGCCACCCAGUCACUCCACCUCAGAUGAUUGCCCGAGCAUCAGAAGGCUGGCCUUCAAUAAGAGUUAAAGUUUUAAAAUGCAGUGUGUCCUUUUCCAUCCCUCCUCCCCCACCCAUCCCGGGCUACCUUGGCAAUUAUCCCCCUAGUUGUGUGAUGAAUUAAUAAAGAAUGCACGAAUGUGAA